GCAGCCCAAUCAGCGGCCGCCAUUCCGCGCGGCGCAGUCACGUGUCGGCUAAAUAUGGCGCUGCGCUGGAGCGUUCCGCAAAGGUUACGGCGUGAGCGUCGGCGGGGCUGAGCAAGACCCGGGGCGGCAGCGGCUGCUGGGCAAGGGCGAGAGUAAGGGCUCAAAAUGGAAAAUCAUGAACCAGGUACUGUCAAAAAAAACUUAACAACUUUGGAUAUCAUAACCAGAAAAAUCAGCCAGCUUCCAGAACCAGAAAGGAAUCUGCUUGAACAUGGAUCAACAUAUGUUGGAAUUAAUGCUGCUCUCUCUGGCCUAAUAGCAAACAGUCUUUUUCGGCGUGUCUUGAAUGUGACUCAUGCCCGAAUAGCUGCUGGCUUACCAAUGGCAGUGAUUCCAUUUUUGACAGCACAUGUAUCUUAUAAAGGUUUUGUAAGUUUCCCUUUAAGUACAGGUGUUUUGAGUUGUGAAACCUGUACCUUAAUACGGGGUGGACUGGUUGGUCUUGUUCUUGGUGGCCUGUACCCUAUUUUUUUAGCUAUACCUGUGAACGGUGGCUUAGCAGCCAGGUAUCAAUCAGCUCUGCUGCCAGAGAAAGGAAACAUCUUAACUUAUUGGAUUAGAAUUUCAAAGCCUGUCUUUAGGAAGAUGGUAUUUCCUAUUAUGCUCCAGACUAUGUUUGCAGCAUACCUGGGGUCCAGACAAUAUCAGCUACUUAUAAAGGCCCUUCAGCUACCUGAAACUGGCUUAAAAUCUCACUGAUUUUAAGAA